CCUAGUAUUCUGUGCCGAGGAUUUAUCGAAAACAAUCUUUUUAUCUUCACGAGAUAAGGGAAAAGCUGCAUAUCGCUACUCUUUUCAAACCCCGCUUGUGAGAUUACACGGUUGUUUAUCGUAUUCUUGGCGAAACAUUCUCUCACAGGCAGAGGAUACUAACACUCUAUCAGGCCAUACUUACUGAAAUGGAAGCUGAUAUCAGUGAGAAGUUGUUGAGUGAAGUGCAAGGUGUGGAGGAUGGUGAAAAGGAAGUGAAUUUCAAGGAGAAGUUAUGGAACGAGACGAAGAAAAUGUGGGUGAUUGCUGCUCCAGCAAUGUUUACAAAGUUUUCGACAUUUGGAGUAACUGUUAUUACUCACUCAUUUGUUGGUCAUAUUGGACCUAAUGAACUUGCUGCUUAUGCUUUAGUCAGUACUGUGCUCCUGAGAUUUGGCAAUGGCAUUCUGAUGGGAAUGGCAAGUGGAUUAGAAACGUUGUGUGGACAAUCGUAUGGUGCAAAACAAUAUCACAUGCUCGGGAUUUAUCUCCAAAGAUCUUGGAUCGUCUUGACAGUAACCACAACCUUGCUUUUACCACUCUAUAUCUUCACCGCGCCGAUCCUAAAAGCUUUAGGACAGAAUGAAGAGAUAGCAAAAGAGGCUGGGCUCAUUUCUUUAUGGUUAAUACCGGUGACUUAUUCCUUCGUUGCAUCAUAUACAUGUCAAAUGUUUUUACAAGCGCAAAGCAAAAACAAGAUUAUUACAUACUUGGCAGCUUGUACCUUAGCGAUCCAUGUCUCCCUCUCCUGGCUUUUAACUGUGAAGUUUAAGUUCGGAAUCACUGGUGCCAUGAUAUCUACAAUUUUGGCAUACUGGCUUCCCAAUGUUGGUCAGUUAAUGUUCGUAAUGUGUGGAGGAUGCAAAGAAACUUGGAAAGGCUUUACAUGUUUGGCAUUCAAGGAUCUUUGGCCUGUAAUCAAGCUUUCUUUGUCUUCUGGUGCCAUGCUUUGCCUUGAAUUCUGGUACAAUAGUGUACUAGUUCUUAUUACAGGAAACUUGAAAAAUGCUAUGGUUCAGAUUGGUGCUCUUUCUAUAUGCCUUAACAUCAAUGCUUGGGAAAUGAUGAUAUCUCUUGGUUUCUUAGCUGCAGCAUGUGUACGAGUGUCAAAUGAGCUGGGAAGAGGGAGCGCGAAAGCAGCAAGCUUUUCAAUAUGGAAUACAGCAACAACAUCAUUUGUCAUUGGGUUCAUUCUGUUUCUGUUCUUUCUGUUCUUGCGUGGACGUCUGUCUUACUUAUUCACAGACAGUCAAGACGUGGCUAGAGAAGUCGAAAAAAUGUCCCCUCUACUGGCAUUUUCCAUACUCAUGAACAGUAUUCAACCAGUUCUCUCUGGCGUUGCUGUUGGCGCCGGAUGGCAGAGCAUUGUAGCCUAUGUUAACAUAGGCUGUUAUUAUUUAGUAGGCAUUCCAGUUGGAGUUGUGCUUGGUUAUGUUUUCAAAUUGCAAGUUAAAGGUGUUUGGGUUGGAAUGAUUAUUGGUACACUGGUCCAGACUAUUGUACUACUUACAAUCACUCUGAAAACUGAUUGGAAUAAACAGGUUUUAAUUGCUCAACAGAGAGUGAAGAGAUGGCUAGUAGAAGAUAAAACUAAUGAUUAUUCACAAACUGCUUGAAGUUGGAAAAUUCCCAUGCUUUUUUUAAUCAUGUAAUUUCAUGAGCAUUAAAUUCUUAUCAUAUGAUACUAAGAUUUUUAGAUGUAUCAGAAAAAAAUUACAUUUUCAAC